AAUUGUUGAGAUGAAAGGUCAGGAGACCUGCCUGGAAUUGAACAUCAGAAUGGGAGAUAACACAUCGCUAGUCACCUUCCAACUUCUCUGAGGAAAGGAGUCACUAAGGAACAACAGUCACACAGGAGUCUGCAUUUUAGGAGACCUCCAGGAAUCAUGCUGGAGAAGUUCUGCAACUCUACUUUUUGGAAUUCCUCAUUGCUGGAUAGCCCGGAGGCGGACCUGCCGAUUUGUUUUGAGCAAACGGUUCUGGUUUGGAUUCCCUUGGGCUUCCUUUGGCUCCUGGCCCCUUGGCAGCUUCUCCAUGUGUACAGAUCCAGGACCAAGAAAUCUUCUGUAACCAAGCUCUACCUUGCCAAGCAGGUGCUUGUUGGGUUUCUUUUUAUUCUAGCAGCCACAGAGCUGGUCCUUGUAUUCAUAGAAGAUUCUGGACAAGCCACCGUCCCUGCCAUCAGAUAUACCAAUCCAAGCCUCUACCUGGGCACAUGGCUCCUGGUUCUGCUGAUCCAAUAUAGCAGGCAAUGGUGUGUGCAGAAGAACUCUUGGUUCCUGUCCCUAUUUUGGGUUCUCUCAAUACUCUGUGGCACUUUCCAGUUUCAGACUCUGAUCCGGAUGCUCUUAAAGGGCAAUACUUCCAGUCUAGCCUACCCUGCCUGUUCCUCAUCAGCUAUGCAUUCCAGAUCCUCAUCCUGA